ACUGCAGCAUUGCAAUCACAGGAAAUGUCACAACAAUUUUGUGUUUUCUGUUCAAAUAUCGAAAUCAGUGUAAUUUUAGCUAUGAAAAACAGUGCGAAGUUUUUAUGAAAAUAUAAUCAAACUUAUCUGAAAAUGAGCCUGUCGUUGAAUGAAGACAUUUUAGUGUAUUCCGAACGAUUGAACAGUUUACAUCUUGUGUGAGGUUAUGUCAAUGUUUUGAUACGAGUUGAUAAUCAGCAGGGUGACCUUCAGCCGACUUUCAUACGAAUUUUUGGAUCUGUGAAAGUCUAUGUAAUACUAUCAUCUACUUGCACUACGAGUUGCCUGGCCACUAUAGGCAGUAGUUGUAGAUUCAGUGCGGUAAAAAAAUCACUCGGUAUAGUUUGUGUCGUAUUUGUUGAUCGGUUAAAAAAUAGAAAGAAAAUCCUUGAAAUGGCAAUCACUGUGAAUACGAUUUCUACAAAACCAUUCGAAGGGCAAAAGCCUGGAACUAGUGGUCUAAGAAAGAAGGUGAAAGUCUUCCUUGAACCGAACUACACCGAAAACUUUGUGCAAUGCAUUCUGGAUUCGAAUCUAAGUUCGAUUGGUGGCAGCACUCUGGUUGUCGGCGGCGAUGGCAGAUACUUUUGCAAAGAAGCAACCGAGCUAAUCAUUAGAAUAUGUGCGGCAAAUGGUGUAUCAACCUUGUUAGUGGGACAGAAUGGAAUUCUAUCGACACCAGCUGUGUCAAGCAUAAUUCGAUCGAAUAAAGCUCUCGGUGGCAUCGUUUUGACGGCAUCGCAUAACCCUGGUGGUCCAGAGAACGAUUUCGGAAUAAAAUUCAAUUGUGAGAAUGGUGGUCCGGCACCGGAUCAAGUUACCAACAAAAUCUAUCAACUGUCGACAGCCAUAACGGAAUACAAGAUCGUGGACGGAUUGUCGAUCGAUAUUUCGAAAAUUGGAACCAAUAAGUUUGUGGUCAACGACAAGCCGUUUACGGUUGAAAUCCUAGAUUCUGUGAAAAAUUAUGUGGAUCUGAUGAAAGAAAUUUUCGAUUUCGACAAACUGAAAACGUUCGUUACUGGUAAACCCAUGAAAAUGCGAAUUGAUUCGAUGAACGGAGUUACCGGUUCCUAUGUAAAUGAGAUCUUUGUCAAUUGUCUGGGCGCCAAGCCAGACAAUGUCGUUAGAACUAUUCCGUUACCAGAUUUCGGUGGUGCCCAUCCAGAUCCCAAUUUGACCUAUGCCAAAGAAUUAGUCGAUGCCGUAAGGCAAGGAGACUAUGAUUUAGGUGCUGCGUUCGAUGGCGAUGGAGACCGUAACAUGAUCAUCGGUGAAAAGGCGUUUUUCGUCACUCCCAGUGACUCAUUGGCUGUUAUUGCUCAUUAUUUGGAAUGUAUUCCGUACUUUAAGAAAAACGGAAUUCAAGGAUUCGCCAGAAGUAUGCCAACUGCGUCGGCUGUUGAUCUUGUAGCCGUAAAGAAAGGUAAAGAUAUCUUUGAAGUGCCAACGGGUUGGAAGUACUUCGGAAAUUUAAUGGACGCUGGUCGAUUGUGUCUUUGCGGCGAAGAAAGUUUCGGUACGGGAUCCAAUCAUAUACGGGAAAAGGAUGGCAUUUGGGCUGUCUUAGCUUGGAUUUCAAUAAUGCAACACACUGGCAAGGGCAUCAAGGAUAUCCUGACUGCACAUUGGAAGGAGUACGGACGAAACUACUUCACUAGAUACGACUACGAGGAGUGCGGCCUAGAACCAUGCAACGAAAUGAUGGACAAAAUGGAAAAAACCAUCACAGACCCAUCGUUCACCGGCAAAGAAUUUUCUUUCGGUGGUAAAACGUACAAGGUGAAAGUGGCCGACAAUUUCAGUUACACUGACCCCGUCGACAAGUCGGUGUCUACAAAACAGGGACUUCGCAUCGUCUUCGACGAUGGUAGCAGAAUUGUUAUGCGCUUAAGUGGUACUGGCAGCUCUGGUGCAACCGUCAGAUUGUACAUCGAUUCGUACGAAAAGGAUAACGUUUUGGGUCUGGCCAGCGAAAUGCUUGAGCCGCUAAUUCAAAUUGCACUGCAAAUAUCUGAGUUGCCAAAGUUCACCGGACGUUCGGCACCAACCGUUAUCACAUGAAUACAUACACAAUCGAUUCUUCUAUGGCGUGACCGUUGCAAUCUCUCUGGAUAAAAUUCGGAUGUUCCUGAAUGCUCUUUUAUUCGUAUACGUUGUCUUUGAUUGGCCCGAUGUGCGUGUAGUAAUAUUUGUUAAUUGCUUUUAAUCUGUGCAAUGUUUGGUGACCAACAUGGUUUGUUGUCCGGAUAUUGUCGAAUUAUAUCUCGUAGUUAUCAUUGAAA